AUGUCCACCGAUGAGAUAAAACAGCGUAAGCGCAAGCAGGAUGACUCUGAAGUCACUGCUCAAAAAAAGGUGAAGAAAGACAAGAAAGACAAGAAAGACAAGAAAGACAAGAAGGAUAAGAAAGACAAGAAGGAUAAGAAAGAGAAGAAGGACAGGAAAGAGAAGAAGGCUAAGACGGUAGAUGAAGUAAAAGACCAGGAAGAAAAAGUCGUGGAAAACCAAGCGGCUGUGGAAGAAUCCAGUGUCACAGAGAGUCCUACAGACGAUAGUUCAGUUCAAGACUUUGGCUACGUCCAAAGCAAGUUGUUGACCAAACUACCACAAAGUGACGUGGAUGAGUUCUACACUGAAAACGAAGUGAGUGUGGAUGACCCAAAAAAACUAAAUUUACGCCCGCUUUUGUCGUUCAACCACCUUGAACUCUCGUCAGAAAUCCAGACGGAAAUUUCUAAAUUUCCCAAACCCACACCAAUUCAAGCCGUUUCAUGGCCAUAUCUGCUAUCAGGACGCGACGUAAUUGGUGUUGCGGAAACUGGUUCGGGAAAAACGUUUGCUUUCGGUGUUCCUGCUAUCAACAACUUGAUGAAGGUCAAGAAUUCGAGAAAUGUUGGCGUUCAGGUAUUGGUGAUUUCUCCCACUCGUGAGCUUGCCUCUCAGAUAUACGAUAAUCUCAUUCUGCUUGCCAAGAAGGCCGGCGUUCAUUGCUGCUGUCUGUACGGUGGUGUGCCCAAAGACGAGCAGAGAGCUCAGCUGAAAAAGGCUCAGGUGGUAGUUGCUACGCCAGGUAGAUUACUUGACUUGAUCGAGGAGGGCUCUGCCAGGCUAUCGAAUGUGGACUACUUGGUGCUCGAUGAAGCCGAUCGGAUGCUUGAGAAGGGGUUUGAAGAGGAUAUCAAAAGAAUUAUUGGAUCUACAAAGAGCGCCGGAAGACAAACCUUGAUGUUCACUGCUACUUGGCCCAAAGAGGUGCGCGAAUUGGCUAAUACAUUCAUGAGAGACCCAGUCAAGGUGUCGAUUGGUAACAGGGACGAACUUUCCGCCAACAAACGUAUUACCCAAAUUGUGGAAGUGGUUGAUAAUUUUAAGAAGGAACGCAAGCUUCUUGAGCUUUUAAAAAAAUACCAAUCUGGCGCCCGCUCUAACGACAAGGUUCUGAUUUUCGCUUUGUACAAGAAAGAAGCUGCCCGCGUGGAGAGAAACCUCCAAUACAACGGCUACAAAGUGGCUGCCAUCCAUGGAGAUUUGUCGCAACAACAAAGAACUCAAGCUUUAGGUGAAUUCAAGUCCGGCGAAUCAAACUUGCUGCUGGCCACGGAUGUUGCUGCGAGAGGUCUGGACAUUCCCAACGUGAAGACCGUGAUAAACCUGACCUUCCCAUUGACGGUGGAGGACUACGUUCACAGAAUCGGGAGAACCGGACGUGCAGGCCAGACCGGUACUGCACACACGCUUUUCACAGAGCAAGAGAAACAUCUUGCCGGUGCUUUGGUCAAUGUCUUGAACGGUGCAGGCCAGCCAGUUCCCGAGGAUCUCAAAAAAUUCGGCACUCACACCAAGAAGAAAGAACACAGUGCUUACGGUGCUUUCUACAAAGAUGUAGACACCACCAAAAAGCCCAAAAAAAUUACUUUCGAUUAA